AUGGAGGGUAAGGAGACUCACUCUCCUGGAUCCGCUCUCCGUCGCUCAGCCACUCAUGACGACGGAAUAGAUCCCUUCGAUGCAAUCCUAGAUGCUGACGACGGCUCCGAUGACGCCAGCCCGUCCCUCACAAAAUCCCGGCCGUCCAAUCUCUUCCGUCCGAUCCAGCAGCUCUGGCGACGACCCGUCGUCCGAUUCGCCGUCGCACAGAUCUUCAUCGUCUGGGCUGUCGCAGCGUCGGUCCUCUACAUCCAAGACGUCGCGAUGUCGCACGAGGGGUCGCUACAACACAGCGACAUUUCCGGUCUAGGUCUAGGCAGCGGCGCCGGAGCUGCCGGUCAAGCAACAUUACUGGAGCAGCUUAAAAAGCGGUUUCACGAACGUUGCCCCAUGCGCCCACCCGUGUGCCGCCCAAGGAUUGACCUGAAGGCGGUUGCGCAUAGCGCGAAACACUACUACGCGCAAGACAAGCCCGGGGACGGGGAAGCGGCGGGGGGAAGCGCGGGGGGUUCCGCGGACGGGAAAAAUGGGACUAGCGGGGACGGGGGCGGGGCUGGCGGAGCGGGGGAUGAGCUUCCGCUGGUGGUGUUCUUUGCGGGGAUAGAGGGGUCCGGACAUAAGUUCUUCGAGCAGGUGUUCCGGAAUAUAAAGAAGGUUAAUUUCAGUGUGGUGGCGUUCGAGCCGCUGCUCCACCUCACCUCUGAGGAGACCCAGACGCACGUGCACGGCGUGGACGUGCGCUGUCCGCGGCUGCCCUACGCGCGUCCCCUGCGCGCCUAUGCCAAGGAGAUGGCCGUGCGGUUGGCUGAGAUUGGCAACGCCCCGUACCUGCGUGCUCGGGACUCCUAUCCUCUGGGCCGGGUUCGGACGCCCCUGGCUCGGCCGGACCUGGUGCACAUGCUGCAGCUGGACGGGCUGCUCUUCAAUCUCAAGGUGGUCGUGAUUUCCCGAGGGCUUCCCGAUGCCGUGCGGUCCGCGUACCGCAUGGGCUACCAUGGAGGGGACUUGGGUCUACAGGUGCGCAUAGUGGAGGACGAGAUGGUGUUCCUGGACACCACCAUGCGCAUGAUCCCCUGCAGCAAGUACAUCGUACUCGACUUUGACUGGGUGGCUGAUAGUCCUGAGCUCGUUGCAGAGCCUCUGGCGGACUUUCUUGGAAUGGGGUUGACAGCAGAGGAUGUGAUUGAGGGGGUAAAAGGCGCCACGCAAACCAAGCCCAAACACCAAACAGAUUCAUGCGACGUCUCCUUGAUUACAGCGAUGAUCCGCGAAUCAGUAACGCUCGCAUGGACUUUGGCGACAGCUCUACUUCUCGCACUCCCAUGGGUCGCGGAAUCUGCAGUCCACCGAUAUAAGGGCGAGCGAUUCUUUCCGGCCUCUGACGCGUUCUUAUUUCGGGGGGGUCGCGAGGGUCUCUUUAUGUCCACGCCGUACGCCAUUGCCAACUGGCAGACUGUCGCGAAAGGCGUGUCUAACGGCAAAGCGUACAUCCGAUUCGACCAUCUGGAGUUCCAUCGGCCGGCAGAGGAGGCGCAACGGUCGCCGCAGGUUGGAAAAACCGGGCGUAUCGAAGCUCUCCUGUUCGACGUGGAAGAUCGCGAUCGGAUUGGAUACGCUACGUCAGCAAAGACGCGAUCCUUCUGCUGCACUCCUGAGUUGGUGCAACGCACCGGGUGUAACCCCGGCCACGUCAUUGUCCGGCCCAGGGAUGGCGACCACCAGUGGCCGCGUGUGGUGGAGAUCAAUUUCUUUGGCAACGACACCACAGUGGUGGCAGCGCCAUCGGAGAUUCGCAUCAAGAUGACGGGCAUGUACUACCUCUGGUUCGUCAUCUGCGACAAGAGCAUGGCUGGCGUGUCUGUAACGGGGACAACCGUGUGGAAGAACCCUGAUGGGUAUCUGCCCGGCAUGAUGGCGCCUUAUCUCCUCUUCUACGAGAUCAUGGCUGUGGUGUACACCAUUCUGGGAAUCGUGUGGUUCGCGCAGUAUUUCCGCUUCUGGCAGGACGGGCUGCAGAUCCACACGUGCAUAACGGCAGUGCUCGUGCUCUCCAUGGCGGAGAUGGCCACCUGGUUCUACGACUUCGCCAACUUCAACUCCUCUGGAUUCCGCCCCAUGGGUACCACCAUCUGGGCGGCGACUCUCGGCGCCAUCCGCAAGGCGGUCUCCCGCGUGCUCGUGCUGGUCGUGUCCAUGGGGUUCGGCGUCGUUCGUCCCACUCUGGGGGGUCUCUCGGGGAAGGUUGUGGCGCUAGGAGUGGGGUACUUUGCAGCGGUUGAGCUCUUAGACGUGAUGCAGAACGUGGGGGCGAUUGACGAUCUCACGAGCAGCGAGAGGCUGUUCCUGGUGCUGCCGGUGGCGGUGCUAGAUGCGAUUUUCAUCCUUUGGAUCUUCUCCGCGCUCUCCAAGACGCUCGCACAGCUGCAGGCCAAGCGCACCACUCACAAGCUGGAGCUUUACCGCAAGUUCACGAACGGGCUGGCGAUCGCUGUGUUGGUGUCGGUCGCCUGGAUUGGGUUCGAGAUGUACCUGCGCACAUCAGACCCGUACAACGAGCAGUGGGAGGGCGACUGGAUCACCGGGUGCUUCUGGCAUGUGCUCACACUCAUGCUGCUCUGCCUCAUCUGCGUCUUAUGGGCGCCCUCGAGAAACGCCACGAGAUAUGCAUACUCCGAGGACGUGCCAGAGGAGUUGGGGGAGGAGGAGGUAGCCCUCACUGCAGUGUCAGCGUCUGGUGGUGCCGGCGGUGGUGGUGCAGGAGGGGUGGAGAAGAAGCAAGCAGUGAACACAGACGUGUUCUCAUUGGACGAUGAGUUGGAGGAGGGGAAGAAAGAAUGA